UGAGUCAGCGCUUGCGCCGGUCGCCCUGAGGUGACAGCUGUUGUGCGACGCUUUGGGGAAACCAUGGGACGGCAGUGGGGUCCCUCCAUGAAGGUGGCGGAGCAGGCGGGCUGUGUGGUGAGCGCCUCGCGGGCCGGGCAGCCUGACGCAGGCUCGUGGAGUUGCAGCGGGGUGAUCCUGAGCCGCAGCCCAGGCCUUGUGCUUUGUCACGGGGGCAUCUUCACCCCCUUCCUGCGGACGGGCAGCGCGGCGCUGACCCGGACGGGUGCCACCUUCCUGCCGGGCGACAGUUGCAGCGAUGACCUGCGCCUGCACGUGCAGUGGAGAUCUACGGCUGCCAGCCCCGCCGGUCGCGCGGAGCAGGAGCUCCCGGGGCUGUGUACGCCUCAGUGUGCGAGCCUGGGCCUCGAACCCGGCGCCGCCAGCCGGGCCCGCGCACGGCCUCUACAGCCCCCGCGGCCCGCGCAGCUGCUGUUGCUGCUCAGCUGCCCGGCCUUCCGCUCCCACUUUGCACGGCUCUUCGGGGCCGAAGCGGCCGAACAGUGGCACUUCGUGAGCUCGGCGCCCGACGACGCGGUGUCGGAGGAGGAGGAGGAAGACCAGCUGCGUGCGCUCGGCUGGUUCGCGCUGCUGCGGGUGCGGCCCGGAGCGGCGGCGGCGGCGGCGGCGGCAACGGUGGGCGCGCCCCGGGGCCCGCCCCUGCGAGACCUCGGACCCCCGUGGGCGGCUGCGGCCGUGCUGGUGGAGUGUGGUACUGUGUGGGGCUCCGGAGUGGCCGUGGCGCCGCGCCUGGUGGUGACCUGCCGGCACGUGGCUCCCCGGGAAGCAACCAGGGUCCUGGUGCACUCGGCCACCCCCAAGAAUGUGGCAAUCUGGGGACGCGUGGUGUUUGCCACUCAGGAGACCUCGCCAUACGACAUAGCAGUGAUGAGCCUGGAAGAGGACCUGAACGGGGUUCCCACGCCUGUUCCCGCCGAGCACUUCCAUGAAGGUGAGCCUGUCAGUGUGGUGGGCUUCGGGGUCUUUGGCCAGGCCUGCGGGCCCUCGGUGACCUCAGGCAUCCUGUCGGCCGUGGUGCAUGUGGAUGAUACCCCAGUGAUGCUACAGACCACGUGUGCCGUUCACGGUGGCUCCAGCGGAGGACCCCUCUUCUCCACACGCUCAGGGGACCUCUUGGGCAUCGUUGCCAGCAACACUCGGGACAACAACACGGGCGCCACCUACCCACACCUGAACUUCAGCAUUCCCAUAACGGUGCUCCAGCCAGCCCUGCAGCGGUACAGCCAGACCGGCGACCUGGGCGGCCUCCGAGAGCUGGACCACGCCACUGAGCCGGUCAAGGUGGUGUGGCGGCUGCAGCGGCCGCUGCCGGAAGUCCCGCGGAGCAAGCUCUGAGAGUGUCCCUCUUCCGGGACGAGGCAGACCACUUUAUGGCUGUGAAAUGUGCAACUUUGACAUCUGAGUCGCCUGCCAGGGCGCGGCCCAAGCCACCCCCUCAUCCUCACCCGCUGACUGUGCAGCACUGUGGGUCUCUGAUCCACUUCGGGGUGCUUUCCUGAGCCUGACUCGCCCGUCAUUGUUCCUUCUGGGGAUUCUGGUCCAUCGGGCAGAUGCUGCUGGAAGGGCGGCCCAACACCACCCCACCCCCACCCCCACCCACCCCCCUUCCUGGUUCAGCAUCUCUCCUCCUUUCAGCCCCUGGUCACCUGAAGUGGCCAUCCCCAGGGCUCUUGCCCGAUACUCCGUAUUCGGCAGGUAGAGGACUCUGCUUGGAAGCCCCAGAGUCUCAGCGGCCAAUAACAGGCGUGUCUUCCCAUUGCUACAUUGAUAUUCAGGCAAAUACCCGAAAGUCACCUGGGCCUUCGCUCUGACACAGUGCCUUCAUUUUCUAGCCCGGAGCCCGUGAUCUUGCGAGUGGUGUGUGUGGUGGGGGCUGGGAAUAAACAGUCUGAAUGGCUUCA